AUGGCUCCCAUAAUGAAGGGUGGCAAAAAUAAGAAAUGCCAUUCUGCCAUCAACAAAGUGGUGACCCAAAAGUGUACAAUCAACAUUCACAAGCACAUCCAUGGAGUGAGUUCCAAGAAGCAUGAUCCUGGGACACUCCAAGAAAUCUGGAAGUUCACCAUGAAAGAGAUGGGGACUCCAGAUGUGCACACUGCUACCAGGCUCAGCAAAGCUGUCUGGGCUACAGGAAUAAGCAACCUCCAAUACCACAUCCACAUGAGAUUGUUCAGAAAACAUAAUGAGAAUGAAGAUUUUCCAAAUAAGCUCUACACUUUGGUUACCUACAUAUCGGUCACCAUUUUAAAAAAUCUAGAGUCAAGGUGGAUGACAACUGAUUAA